CAACAAACGACGAGGGAGGGGUGCGACAAUGGCGCCGACGACGGCGACGACGAGUCCGCCAGCGGCAGCAGCUGUUGCAGCAGCGGCGGCGGCGGCGGGCAUCACGCGCAAGGUCAAGGCGUGCGAGGCGUGCCGCAAGGUCAAGAUCCGGUGCACAUUCGACGAGGGCCGCGAGACGUGUGUGCGGUGCACCAAGCGUGGCCUGCCGUGCAAGGUCAACCGGAGCCUGCAGAGCAUCCUCGACGACGAUGCCACCUUUCGGCGCGACGCCAAGGAGCGCAUCAGUAGGCUUGAGGAGACGGUGCGCGCACUCGUGCAGCGCGUCGGCAUGGUGCAGGGUGAUGAGCACGACGAGAGACCACCUCGAAAGAGGCGGAGACGAAGGGUGUCGGUGACAGGCUCAUCGAGCGCCAUUAGCGAUGAGGAAGAGGACGAAGAAGAGGAAGAAGAGGAAGGGGAAGAGGAAGAGGCAGGCCUGAGUGAGAAUGGCCGAUCCGAAGAGGAGGGCACUACACAGGGAGAUCCAACGUCGGUGCUGCCCCUCAGGGCGAGGCUGCAGCGCGAGACCGACGCCAUCUCCCAGGGCCUCGUGCCGCUGGAAGUGGCUAUCGACCUAGUGGGCUUCUACCUCGCACACAUGGACGAGCGCGUAUGUGGAAUCGUCUCGCGCGCAUAUGGGAGGCAGUCUGCGGGGACUGGAGACCUGGCUGGACUGGUCGACAGGAUUCGUCGGAGCUCGUCGCUGCUGCUCCUCUCGCUGCUCUCCGUUGCCGCGCUCCAUUCCCGCCCCUCUAUGUAUUCGCUCGUCUACCGUGAAUUCGUCCGGCUGGCCUCGACACAGGCCUUCUCGCGCGAGCAGACGCUGGACGACGUUCGGUCCCUUGUCGUGGGCGCCACUUUCUUGCCUGACGUCAGCUGGAUCCUUGUCGGCACGGCAGUGCGCAUCUCGACGGAACGCGGCUUCCAUGAGGCCUACAGGCGCGAGGCCGACUCACGGGGUGACACUGACGAGGCCUACGAAGAGGCCCGGCUCUACUACCUCAUCUACGUUGCCGACCACCAGUGUUCGAUCCCGUACGGCCGACCGCCGAUGACGCGGCAGCACGCCGUGGUCCGGCGCUGCGACGAGUGGCUCGAUGACCGGCGGCGGCGGGUCGGCGAUGUGGGCGAGGACGGCAGCCUGAUUGCCCAAGUGAAUCUCUGGCAGAUUCUCCACGACGUCAUCGACCUCACAGACACGGACCCACAUCGAGCGCUGGACUGGGAAUACCUCAAGCUCCGCGACCGCUUCUCCGAUGUCCUCCAGCGCUGGUCUGGCGGUGCGCAUGCCUCGCCCCUGCUCUACCACUUCUCUGUCCACUUUCUCGACUCGGCCGCCUUUCGUGCGCCGCCUGGGGAGAGACCGACGCUCUUUGCGCAGCAGGGAGCGACGGGGCAGGAAGCGCUGCUCGUGCACGAGCGCCGAAAGGUGGGCCUCGAGGCCGUCCGGCAUGCCCACGCGAUGCUCCAUGCCCUCGUCGAGGAGCCCGGCGACAUUGAGACGCUGGCCAGCUUCGUCCAUGCGCGCGCCGCUGCCGCCGUCGUCUUUCUCAUCAAGGCCCACGGCCUGUUUGGCACCUCGCUCGAGGGCUGCAGCAGCAAGCAGGUCCUCCGCACCAUCAAGCCCGUCCUCAAGCGCCUGACCGACGCCCAGCGGCGGCUCCACCGCGACCACGUCGUCUACAAAGUCGUCUCCGAUCUCGCAAAGGCCCUCGAGGCGGCCGAGCAGGAGGCCAACCUGGCAGGCAGGAGCACCGGCAUGGUCGUCCGGCUUCCCCUGUCCUCGAGCAGGGGGGUCACGGAAGGAGCCCAUGGCCGUACUCAGGUCGUCCUCGCAGAUGAGACUCAGGUCAGCGAGGACUGGGGAGGGGAGCAACAGCAGCAGCAGCAGCAGCAACAGCAGCCGCAGAGACACGACGAGCCACUCCUGCCUCCGGAUCACUUUGCGAGCCUGCUCGACAACUUUGACCUCGUCGUGCCACCUCGCCCACCGCUCUCGGGCCUCGAGCAGUGGCCAGACAUUUUCGACUCGCCGCUGAACCAGCCGACUAGCCCGACGAGCCUCGAGGCGCUCCUGCAGCGCUUUCUUUCUUCGUAGGGCGGGAUUUAAAAUGGCAUUUCACCGUGACUGGCACGAGCGAUGAGAGGCGAUCGAGAAAGAGAAUGAAUACAUGAUGGACCUCUUGCGAGGCGAUGUCGUGGGGGAAGAAGCAAAGUAACUACGAAUCUGCACUCUGCCACCCUGCUCAGCCACUUUGACGAGUGCUGUGCGCGCGACCUCUCCGACUAGGUGUUGUUUUCCCCUUUGUCGCUCGACUGGGAGACGUGGCCCAAGCCUUCGAUCGGUCCUGUGUCGAACUUUCUCCUUCUUCUUCGUCGUCCGUCUCUAG